UGUUCUGAUGGGCUGCUUUCACUCAAAAACAACACUCCAUUACACACCCGGAUAUGAGGAGCCCACUGUGCUUGCUGCUGAGACACCUUUUACAGUGAGUGAAGUCGAAGCAUUAUAUGAGUUGUUCAAAAGAAUAAGCAGCUGCAUUAUUGAUGAUGGGCUCAUUCAUAAGGAAGAGUUUCAGCUAGCACUCUUCAGGAACCAAAAAAUGAAAAAUCUGUUUGCAGAUAGGAUAUUUGAUCUUUUUGAUAUUAAGCGCAAUGGAGUGAUUGAGUUUGGGGACUUUGUCCGAUCACUGGGUAUCUUCCACCCUAAUGCACCAGUAGCUGAUAAAAUGUCAUUUGCAUUCAGAUUAUAUGAUCUAAGGCACACUGGUUAUAUCGAGAGAGAAGAGUUGAAAGAGAUGGUACUGGCGCUGCUGCAUGAAUCAGAAUUGGUUCUUUCAGAUGACGUAGUUGAGAUUAUUGUAGAUGAGACGUUUAGCGAUGCAGACACAAAGGGUGAUGGGAGGAUAGAUUCAGAAGAGUGGAAGGAAUUUGUUUCAAAGAAUCCGUCUCUUCUAAAGAAUAUGACACUUCCCUAUCUGAUGGAUAUAACUUUAGCAUUCCCCAGCUUUGUGGUAAGCUCUGAGGUUGAUGAUUCAGAAAUGUAGACUUGUGCGUGUAAAUACAAAUCUUUGAAGGUCAUGUUAAAUAGCCUCUUCCACGCUGGUGUUUGGAUGAUCCAAUUCAAUACAGUGCAAAGGAGUUCAAUAAUCAGAAGAAUAUCAGGUUUUAUAUUGAUUAUUGGAGAUUCACCAAACAAUAU